ACAGACACUUUAGCACCAUAGGAAAGGGGAUCUCAAUGCUCUGCAGUCGCUUCCUCUCCUUGCUUCCUUCUUUUCAUCCAUACUGACCUGUGACACCUGGACAGUAACAAAUAAUUAUUUAUGCGCGUCGACAGUGUAAGUAGAGCGAUGAACGCGUCUGCUGGGACGGGAGUUUUUAUCUUGUCCUUGACAUCAAUUCCCAUUUCCUUGUUCUUCAACUCUCUGAUCUACACUAACAGCAUUGAGACAGUCUUUUUCGCUGGAUCUACAACUGUUCUUAUCUUGGCUGUAUCUGCAUGCUUUUUAUUCAAGAAGAAGGCACCCAAAGACCCUCUAUUCUAUGUGUUUGCAGUGUAUGCAUUCCUGAGUGUGGUAAACCUGAUCAUUGGUCUGGAGCAGGACAGUAUCAUCGAUGGUUUCAUCACCUUCUAUCUCAAAAAUGCAAACCCCUACAUUAACACGGCCCAUGGACACAUGAUCUCCUAUUGGGAUGGAUGUGUCCACUAUCUCAUGUACCUGCUCAUGGUUGCAGCUAUAACAUGGGGGGCAAGCUACAGAGCCAUUGGCCUGUACUGGGUGGGGUCCAUUCUCAUGCGUGUCAUCGUCUACAUUCCUGGAAAUGUUGUGGGGAAGUAUGGUACCCAGCUGAGCCCCCUGUUCCUGGUCCACAUGCUCUACGUCGUGGUGUCGGUGUGGGCCUGCUUCCGCGUCUUCAGCCAGUCCGCCACUAGACAGGCUCGGCCAAUGAGUAUCAUUGAGGCCCAGAGGACUACGCUGGUGGAGAGGCCCCUAGACUUUCUGUUUGUCAUCUACCUCGUCCCUGCUACAUUUUUCUGUGUCUUCAGAGGCCUGGUGGCCCUGGACUGCCCGACAGAGUGGUGUCAGGAUUACACACAGCUAUAUGAGCCUUACCUGAAGGACCCCUCAUCUUAUCCUAAAAUACAGAUGAUAGUGAACAUGCUUUACUCCGGUCCGUACUACAUCAUUGCGCUCUACGGGCUGCUCGUGCCUGGGUGUGAGUGGAUGCCUGACCUCACUCUGGUCCACUCUGGGGCAAUAGCACAGGCCCAGUUCUCCCACAUCGGUGCAUCUCUCCACACGCGGACGUCAUUCUCCUACAGAGUACCAGUUGACAGCCAGAUUGUCUUUCUAUUAGUCAACGCCCUGUAUGCCAUCGUACCCCAAGCCCUCUGCUACCGCUGUGUCACUAGCCCUGCCUUCUUCCUCAGAGACCAACAAAACGACAAGACUGACUGAAGGAACUGGCUGACUGACCGACUGGCUGGCUGACCGACUCAGGCCCUGACUACACAGAAACCAGUCCAAAAGUAUCUUUCUGCCUAGCAUAACCUGGUGGCCAGUCUGUUUCAUGUUCUGCACUGGCCAACUCCAUGUGUAGUAUAUUCAAUACUCACAACUGUACUCUUUAGUGUACACUACUGUAGUCUCACUGCUGUACUCUACUGGCAGCAACACAACAGCGAUGUGUCUUAAAAACAGCAUCCAAGCAUAUCUUGCUCAGUGGUACAUUCCUUUACAUAGAAAGAAAACUUGAUACCUUUACUCUUCAUUUCUGUUUGUCAGUGACUAGUCUUAGCCUAUUAUGGGACUGAUUUAGGAUCAGUUUAGCCUUUUAGAUUGCAAUGAAUAACAAUAUAUGGAUGGGGGGACCUGAUGGGGGACCUGAUGCUAGAUCAGCAGCACUUCUACUCUGGGAUAUGUUAGGAAUACAGCACUGUUCUAAAUGUGUUUUCAGCUAAAUUACUUCUUGUAUUCUCUGGUUCUGUCAAGCAUUACAACAUUUACUUUUAAUUAAAACAAAAGGUUUGUUGCCAUAAAAUGCUAUAUGGUGAAUCAAAAUAGAUUGUGUUAUGUUUAAUGGUGUUUGGAGAGGAUUUAAGGACUAGUUUUGUGGACGCAAUAUUUGGAUAUUUGUGUCUAAUCUAUAUUUUCAAGUGUUAAAAACCUGAAAUAAAUCUUGAU